GCAAUGUUGGCCACAGCGCAGACGAGCUGCGGGUAGUGAAGAUGAUCGGGGAAGCGAAAUUUUUUCCGAAAGACCUGGUGAUCCACAUUUUGCUGGAGUUCGCGGACUGUGGUAUGGAAGGGAAGUGUUUCUGUUGGUUUGAAUCGUACAUAAGUUGUAUAUAUUUUUGGGAUGUGAAAUAAGCUUGGGUAAGAUGCAGCAGUGCGGGAAGCUUACCUAUGUCUUCCCAUGUUGCGAGUGAAGCCGCAGCCGGAUGGAAUUUGCCAUUUUUUUUUUCCGCACGACAAAGAAUCUGCAGUACAUCAACUGGAACUGGUUCAGCAACUGAAGCACCUUCUUUCCCCUCCCAUACCCAAUCUUCAUUCUUUCCUCCGGAAAAACUACGAAAUUUUCUCCAUUUACG